AAUUUAUCCAGUUUGUAUACGUCUGAAAAACAGGAGUUUUGAAGAGAUCAAUAUAUCGCUCGCAUGGAUCAUUAAUUAGCUCAAUUAUUGUACGAUUGUACGAUGUCAGAAAAAACCUUUUAAGACGUUACUAUGAAACCCACUAUGUGUCUCAGAAAACAUUUCAUUUGCUACAGAAUGGAAGCUGUAUGGCGCCAAAGAGUCUACGCAAUAUUGAUUCGGGUUAAAUUUUGGUCGGAUGAAAUCGGUAAGGAAUUGAAGAAGCUCAGUGAAAAAAUGACAAGGAAAUCCAUGGUCAAAGAGAGUUUCGGUCGAUUGAAGGACCAAUUGUAUCGGGUGAAUGGUGACUUUCUCACUGAGAAGAUUGCUAAAGACUUGGAGGAACUAAUGUAUAAAAAGGAAACUGCCACAAAGAGAAUUGCGGAAUUUGCAGAAUACCUCUCGUUUCACAGAAAAAAGGACCAAUUAUUUCCAAAUGGAACUUACCAUUAUUUCAACGCGGACAAUUUCACAGAGAAAGGGAGCACCACUCCAUCAAUUGCAUGGGAUUUUGACUUGCAGAACUACACAAAAAAAUCAGAAUGUAGAUGGUGGUGUCACCUCAAUAAUGCUAGUGUUGAAAAGGGUUUGAUAGACCAAAUAUUUCGAGCCAAGAAAGAGUCCGUUAUUCCAGAGUGUGACUGUGAUUUUAGCGAUGCUAUAGAGGAGAGCCGAGAAUGGGGGUUCUACAAAAAUAUGUCUAUGCGCUAUAACGAUCAUUUUGAAACUGAAGUCAACAUGAAUAUUAGUAUAAUUAAAACACCGCUGAAUGUGUAUGAUAGAGAACAAGAUAUUUUAGAGGGUGCAAGAUGGACAGAACCGCUAGAUAUGAUUUUCAAAGAGAAUUUCGAACUUGAUCCUACGUUAACAUGGCAAUAUUUCACUAGUCCCUUUGGCUACAUGAGGCAUUAUCCAGCUGUGAAGUGGUCCAGCGAACCGUAUGACCAAACAUAUGACAUGAGGACCAGAUCUUGGUAUACUGAAGCGAUGACGUCCCCAAAGGACAUAGUUAUACUGCUGGAUAAUUCAGGUUCCGCUUGGGAAGGUUUGAAAAUGAAAGUUGGGGCACUUUUGAUCAACAACAUCCUGGACACCCUGAACGACAACGAUUUCGUCAAUAUUUUCUUAUUUAACAAUACAACACAACCGUUGGUGCCUUGCUUUGAAGAUACUCUAGUUCAGGCAAACGAAGAAAAUUUGAGGCUGUUGAGAGAAUCACUUUCUGUUUACACCAUUGAAUAUCAUGCUGAUAUAAAAAUCGGCUAUACAAAAGCUUUUGAAAUAUUAGAACGCUACCGAGCAAACCGUGGAGGUGCGCGUUGCAAUCAGGCCAUCAUGAUGAUUACAGAGCAGCUCGAUUAUGAUUACCAUCCAGAAAUUUUACGUCAAAAGAAUAGCAAUAAGGAAGUACGAAUAUUCACAUAUUUACUGUCGACACACCAAAGGGACAGAAUAGUUAUGGAAGAUAUCGCAUGUGAAAAUAUGGGUUAUUACGCCAACAUUACCUUAUUUCAAGAAGUGCGAGAGAAAAUGUUAAAGUACAUUCCAGUUAUGUCUCGACCGAUCAAUUACAACAUCGAAGAUAAACAAAAUCCCAUUUGGAGCUACCUGUAUGUAGAUUUGGCCGAUAGGAGAAUAUGCAACUGGCUCUGGAAGAAGAGGGAAGGCAUAAGACAGCGGGAGAUAUUUUUGGACCAUGCCAAGAGACUGUAUCAAAGAACCAAGAAAAUUUUAACCAGCGAAAAUUUUCACCUUCUGAAAGAUGACCAUGAUUAUGGGGAAUAUGAAACACCGAGAAAAAAUUUUUUCAUGACAACUGUCUCGCUUCCUGUGUAUGAUCGCAGAACAGGUGCGGCUGAUCUGGUUGGAGUAGCAGCUGUUGACGUUCCUAUAAAGCUGAUUAAAUCACUGAUACCCCAUCAUAAGCUAGGAGUCAACGGAUAUGCUUUUGUAGUGACCAAUAAUGGCUAUGUGUUGAUGCACCCGGAUCACAGACCCACUUUUGGGGAAGAUAAAAUUCUCAAACCUACUUUCAAUAGGGUUGAUUUGCUUGAAGUGGAAAUAUUAGAUGAUCGUAACCAACCCCGAAAAUUUGAUAAAUCUGUGGUGGAGAUGAGGGAAAAAGUGGUUUUCAAAGGCCAUGGGAAGUCUUUUCUAAAAGUGAAGUUUGCUCUAGACGACCUGAAAAGGAUCAUGUUGACUGGCAGACAUUACUAUUACACAGAUAUUGGACCUUUCGGUUUUGCUAUCGUUCUCCCUGACAAAUACGGACAAAUUAAGAUAAACGACUCGAGAGUAACGUCAAAGUUUGCCAGGAGUCUUACCGAAUCCAAGAAUUGGAAGGUUCAUCCGCUCUGGAAAUACUGCAAAAACUGCGGUGUUGGAACCCCAGAGGCCAAAAUUAUCGAGUGCUUACGGAGAGGAAAUAAAUGUCAUUAUGAAUCUCUUUUGAAAUCGUUACUUCAAGAUGCAAAUAUCACCGAAUGGUUCGAUGAACCCAUUUUGAAUGAAAGAAUAUUCGUUGAUAAUUUUUAUGUCAGUAAAAUAUUCAUCGCCACACGAUCGGGAUUGACCAGAUGGAGGACCUAUACGAAAAAUGAGGAUGAGGAUGAAACGAACGAUUUCGAAAUGCUCUAUCCCAACUCGAUCGAUGAAGAAUGGUACAGGAGGGCUGUUGAGGAAAACUUCAACAACGAGGAUAUGUUCAUAUAUUCUGUUCCGUUCGAAAUAUCUGGUUACGAAAAUAAUACCAUGAUAACAGGUACGUCAGCAAUAUUUGUCGGAGACGGUAUUAAAAAGACUCCAGUUGCUACAAUAGGUCUUCAGUUCAAUCACAGAACGAUGUACAAUAUUUAUAAUAACAUAACAACAAGGUGCAAAAGUAGAAGGUGUAACAUAACCUGCGAAUCGGACUACCUUUCUUGCUUCAUUCUGGACAACAACGCCUACGUGGUUCUAAGCGACAACAGGGAACAUACUGGUAGGUACAUUGGCGAUCUGCGUCCAGAUAUAAUGUACCACCUAGUUAAGAACAAAGUAUAUCAUCCGACUAGGAUGUUCGACUACCAAGGUAUCUGCUACAAGGAUCCCUUGGAGGAGGAUCAUGAAGAAACAGCGAAGAAAAAGAAAAGAUUAAGGAGGAGCAAGAAGAACGCUUCGCCAAGGAUACAAUCUAUUAUGGGCAAUUUCAUGGAUGCGACCAAAUGGGCCCUUUCGAGUAUCCUUCUUUUGGCGCAAAAUGUGAUGGGAUUGAAGACAGCGAAAAAAUAUAAAAGCCUCAAAAAAGACACUUUAGCUUACGAGAAACUGCUGAUCAACAAAACAAUACCGACACCUUGUGAUAAAGAAAUGUGGCUGUUCACCUUAGGCAAUAAUUUCGUUGCUAGUCCGAUAAUUACGAAUAGAUAUUCCAAAUUCGACUGUCUUUGGCCUUUCGUUGUCAAUAAAAUAGCAGGAAGUAAUCUCCUGUUUCUCGCAAUAAAUUUGAACUGUAAAGUGGAUACCGUCCUAACGUACAAAAAAAGUCCACAACCAAUAGAAAUAAUUUAUACGAAUAAUACGGCAAUACGACAAGGCACAGCUCUACCAUGUUAUAUAGCCAAUAACAAUAAUUAUACCCGACACAUUUACACGAAAUGCUACAGAAGGGGCAUAAAUGAGGAGCAUCUCAAUCAAAAUAGAAUCUAUUGCGGCCAUUUCUGGGAAGGUCCCUAAAAACAUUGGGCUGCCUCUACUUCGUGUUUUAUUAAUGCUGAGAUAUUCUUGCAUUAUCUUGCUUGUGAAGAUCAAAUAUAUGUGCUCAAUACAUUUAUUUGGUUUG